AUGAUACGAACGUUACCGAGAAAUAUACGUUUGAUAUCUAAAACCAACCCAACGGUGGUUAGGUCUUUUUCCGUCGCUCGUCCUUCAUCAUGUAUCGGUAUAGCUCAAAAACGAAACUACGCAUCUGAAGCUCAAGCUCCAAGUAAAAAUGAUUUAUUCGCCAAUGGUGGAAACACCUACUACACCGAAGAAAUGUAUCGAUUAUGGAAACAAGAUCCUAAAUCAGUUCAUGCUUCUUGGGCUGUGUAUUUUGCCGGACUCGACAAAGGUCUUCCUUCAUCUCAAGCAUAUAGUCCUCCACCAGGAUUCAUUGGCGCGGCCAGUACUGUACCUACACCAGCGGAUGGUAGUCCAAGAAUGAGCGUAGAAGGUGGCGGGGAUGUAACCGACUACUUGAAGGUUCAACUCCUCAUUCGGGCUUAUCAAGUUCGAGGUCACCAUAUCGCCAAUCUCGAUCCCCUUCACAUCGCCGACGCAGACCUCGACACACGAGUACCCCCAGAGUUGAAACUCAGCUAUUACGGUUGGACAGAAGAGGAUUUGAAAAAAGAAUUCAACCUUAGUGAUGGUAUUCUUCCCCGAUUCCAAGGCGCUAUAGAGGGUGAUAAAUUGAGUUUGGGUCAAAUCAUCGAAGAGCUAAAGAGGAUGUACUGUACUCACGUCGGUGUUCAAUACGUACAUAUUGUCGAUCGAGGACAAUGUGAUUGGAUCAGGGAAAGAGUAGAAAUCCCCUCCCAAUGGAAAUACAGCACAGAAGAGAAAAGAAUGAUUCUUGAUCGAUUGAUGUGGUCUGAGCUUUUCGAAAAAUUCAUUGCAUCAAAAUACCCCAACGAGAAGCGAUUCGGUCUAGAAGGUUGUGAAUCUUUGGUUCCUGGUAUGAAGGCACUUAUCGAUCGAUCAGUUGAUUCCGGUGUCAAGUCAAUCGUCAUGGGUAUGCCUCAUCGUGGACGAUUGAACGUUCUUGGAAACGUCAUUAGAAAGCCUAUUGAAGCCAUCUUGAACGAAUUUGCCAACACGGAUAAAGAUGAUACCGGUGGUGGUGAUGUCAAAUAUCAUUUAGGUGCCAAUUACGUUCGACCCACGCCUAGUGGAAAGAAAGUUUCACUUUCUCUCGUCGCCAAUCCUUCGCAUUUAGAAGCUGAAGAUCCCGUUGUACUCGGUAAAACUCGUGCUAUCCAACAUUUCGAAGGUGAUGAAGGCACAGGUGAUUCAGCCAUGGGUGUCUUGCUUCAUGGUGAUGCUGCUUUCGCCGGUCAAGGUGUUGUCUACGAAACUAUGGGUAUGCAAGGUCUCCCAGCUUAUGGAACAGGUGGUACCAUCCAUAUGAUCGUCAACAAUCAAAUUGGUUUCACUACCGAUCCUCGAUUCGCUCGAUCUACACCUUACCCUUCUGAUAUCGCUAAAUCCAUCGACGCUCCUAUCUUCCACGUCAACGGUGACGAUGUAGAAGCUGUCAAUUACGUCUGUACCCUUGCUGCCGACUGGAGAGCUACCUUCAAGAAGGAUGUCGUCAUCGACAUUGUCUGUUACAGACGAUAUGGUCAUAACGAAACUGAUCAACCCUCUUUCACCCAACCCAAGAUGUACAAGGCCAUCCAAAAGCAACCUACUGUACUAUCUAUCUACACCGACAAACUGAUCAAAGAAGGUACAUUCACAGAGAAGGAAAUUGAUGAGCACAGACAAUGGGUAUGGGGCAUGUUGGAAAAGGCAUAUGAUGGAUCAAAGGAUUACAAGCCAUCGCCAAGGGAAUGGCUCUCAUCUUCAUGGGAAGGUUUCCCCACACCCAAAGAACUUGCUGAAAACGUUUUACCUCAUCUCCCUACUGGUGCUGAAGAAGAAACCCUCAAGAAAAUUGGAGAAGUCAUCUCUUCUUUCCCUGAAGGUUUCACACCUCACAAAAACCUUGCAAGAAUUAUAGCUACCAGAGGAAAAAGUAUUUCAGAAGGUAAAAAUAUCGAUUGGUCAACUGCCGAAGCCCUCGCUUUUGGUACUUUAUGUCUCGAAGGCACUCAUGUAAGAGUUUCAGGUCAAGAUGUAGAAAGAGGUACUUUUUCUCAAAGACAUGCUGUCGUACACGAUCAAGAGAAUGAAUCAACUCAUAUCGCACUUAAACAUGUUGGAAAAGAUCAAGGUUCUUUCACUGUCGUAAAUUCUCACCUUUCAGAAUUCGGUACUUUAGGUUUCGAACUUGGUUAUUCUUUGGUUUCACCUAACAGUUUGACGAUAUGGGAAGCUCAAUUCGGUGACUUCGCGAACAACGCCCAAUGUAUCAUUGAUCAAUUUAUCGCUUCCGGUGAGAGGAAAUGGUUCCAACGAACCGGUUUGGUACUCUCCCUCCCUCAUGGUUAUGAUGGUCAAGGACCCGAACACUCUUCAGGUAGAAUCGAGCGAUUCUUACAAUUGUGUGACGACGAGCCUAGAAUAUACCCUUCUGCUGAGAAACUGGAUAGACAACAUCAAGAUUGUAACAUGCAAAUCAUCUACGCAACUACACCUGCAAACUACUUCCAUGUCUUGAGACGUCAAAUCAAACGAGAAUUCCGAAAACCUCUUAUCAUCUUCUUCUCCAAAUCGCUUCUCCGACAUCCUCUUGCUCGAUCAUCGCUCGAAGAAAUGACAGGUGACAGUGUAUUCCAAAGAUAUAUCCCAGACCCUCACCCUGAAAACCUCGUCGAACCAGAGAAGAUCAGAAGACACAUCUUAUGUACCGGACAAGUCUACUUCCAACUUCUGAAAGAACGUGAAGAUAAAGGAAUAAAUGAUGUCGUGAUUUCAAGAUUAGAACAAUUGUCUCCUUUACCUUAUGAUUUAUUGACUCCUCAUUUGGACAAAUACCCUAACGCCGAUGUCGUAUGGGCACAAGAAGAGCCAUUGAACAACGGAGCUUGGACCUAUGUACAACCUCGAUUGAUCACAGCUCUGAAAGAAACCAAACAUCACGGUGGUAAAGUACCAAUUUACGCAGGUAGAAAACCAUCUUCAUCAGUAGCGACAGGAUCCAAGAACGCUCAUAAGAAAGAAAUUGAAAUGAUCAACACGAUGGCUUUCGCUCCUGCUGAAGAGAACCAAUAA